GUGACAUUUUAAAACAACAAAAAAAUCAAAAUUAUUAAAAUUUAGUUACUGAGUAAUUGUGAUGUAAGUCAGCUAUUCAAUUGACAGUUAUACAUAAUACUAUACACAACAUGAUUUAUCAUAGUGAAAUACAAGCAUACAUACAAUACAAUUUACGUAAUAAUAAUAAUAACGUCAUUAAAUGAUUAUGAAUAUUUUUAAAAAAAAUACAACUCUAUGUUACUAAGUCAUUUAAUUACAUACCUGUUUGUUACUAUGAGACAAAUUACUAAACAAGUUUUUUACUAUAAUUAGACAGAGAAUAAGUUAAAAGAAGUUACAUCGUGUGCAUUACCUAUCUAUAUAUCAUUGAACAUUCACUUUAAGGAAUGAUAUUACUUAUAUUAACUCAAUAUGAUGUAUAAUAUAUAAACUGUUCAUAUUUUAUUAUAUGUCAUAGCAACUAAUUUCAAUUAUCAAUAUCGAGCCAAACAACAACAACAACAAAAAAAGGGGGAAUCAUGAUCUUAUCAAUCGCAGAAAAAUAUUGGAAAAUUAUAAUUAUUUUAUCAAAUCUUAUAUUUAUUGUAUACAGUAUUGUGCUUAUUUCAUUAGGUAUAGAUAAAUUGAAUUUUUUAAACAGAUUUACCAUUAUAUUACAUAAUGCUAAACCAAUUAUAAUUCCAAUGAUUAUCUCUAGUGGAUUAUUAUGUCUAAUCACUGCAUUGAUUGGUUUAAUUGGUUUAAUAAAACAAAAACAAUGUAUUGCAUUGAUUCAUAUUGGUGGUUUACUGAUUAGUGCAAUUAUUGAAUUUAGCACAGCAACAAUGUCAGCUGUUUCUAAGGAUCAGUUUCUUAUGAAAGUAAAUUCUUCAUUACAUGAAUCUAUAAUACAUUAUAAUAUGGAUUUUGAUAUUAAAAAUGAAUUUAAUAAUUUACAAAUGACUCUUGGAUGUUGUGGUGCUUCCUAUUUUCGUGAUUAUUUGAAAAUACAUUCUGAACCACCAUCUUCUUGUAAACCUACAUCAUAUGGAUUUUUAAAAUAUGAGAUUCCUCGUCUCCUUUGGCCUUCAAGAUUCCAAGUGAGGGGUUGCUUUGUGAUGCAGUUCGAUUCUUUCUUCAAUGUGUGUUCUAUUCACUUCCAGCGCUUCUUCCUGAUCUCUUCUUCUGCUGGAAUCUGAUUUGUUCUCUUCCACAGGUUGUGUUACAGCGAUCAGUCGAUAUAUGCAACAAUAUAUUAUAAUGUUAAUGUAUCUAUGCUUUAUUUUUGCAAUUUUAAAAGGGAUAUAUGUAACUAUAUCAAUUUUAUUAUUUCGUAAAACAGUUAGCAAGGAAAAUUCAUCUGUGUAAACUUAACAUUAACAGCACACACACACACACAAACACAAACACAAAAGGACAACAACAUUAUAAAUUACAAAACUACAAUAGAAUAUCAUUGAUCUAAAUGACAUUGUUGAUGAGGAUUGAAUUGUUAUGUCAAAUUUAUACAUGAACAGUUUUGAUUUCUACAUUUUGGAAACAUUGAUCAUCAUUCAAUUUUGUUAUUUGUCAGUUUUUUUUCUUAAAAUGGUUUUUUUUUGAAAAACUUCUUCACAUUAAUCACCAUAACAACAGAUUGGUUAAAAUAAUAUCAAUAUUAAAUUUAUUUCGUAUUGUGGUAUU